AUGUCUUCUCCAUCUUGCUGGCUGCUGCCCGCACUUCCCCGACAAUGGCACGCCUGGUCGCUCAUUACCGCCAUCAACAUCACGGGUGGCCGGAUGGUCCAUGACCUGUCGCCCCUCCCCCCCAAGCGGCCCGGGUCUCUCAUCUUGCGGGCCUCCGUGUUGUCUGCUCCGGCAGUCUUCUGGCUCCAACAACAACAACGUUGGGUGUGUAUCUCACCAAUGCACUUCAACCCGCUGAGUACCAACAAUGCUCAUUGGCUCUGGAUCGUCGACGUGACGCCAGCCUUCAGCUACAUUUCUCGCUUUGCCCGGUACAUCAUACCUUUUCCGACACCCAGUCCCCCUCACCACCACCAAUGUGGCGCUAUUUUUUGCUUGGUCCUGGGGCUCUCUUCUUCUCUUGGCCGCUUCUCGCGGCCUUCAUCGCCACUCGUCUACCACGGCCGUGAUAUGCAUGACGAUAGAGCAUCACUGCUUUGGGCCCACGUCAACGCUGAUAUGCGGCCGCCACUGGAAUGCUUCGAGGCGAAUCGGUCUCUCCUGACUCUUCCCUAUUGCCCAGUGCUGUGGCUGGUAGGUCAACGUACCAUCCGUAAGGGCAGGCAAGCGGAUCACCAAAAGCAACAUGUGCCCAUGAGACUUGCGUGCCGCGUUUGGGGAUGGCGCAGUUAUCGUCUUGAACUUCUACCAGUCCAGAGUGUUCAGGCACCAGACGAGAAUAUUGGCUCAUCGGAUAUCACCUGA